ACUUCCUAAGAAUAUAUUUAAUUUCACUGUCCAUUAUAUCAACAACUCCCUCCCUACUCGGAAAAACCUGGUCAAAUGGGGUCUGUCAUCGUCUGCCGAUUGUUCCUUUUGCUCCUCUCCUGAGUCACUCCUGCAUAUCAUCUCUGGUUGUAAAGCAUAUCUAGAUGAAGGGCGAUUUACAUGGCGGCAUAAUUCAGUCCUGAACUUCAUUGCAUCCAGCCUUAUGAGUGCCGAGCGAUCCAAACUCUACGUAGAUUUACCUGGCUUUAUUACUCCGUCAGUUAUCACUGCAGGUGAUCAGUUACGUCCAGACCUUCUCUUGGCAAUUGAAAAUAAAGUUUUAUAUGUUUUGGAACUGACUGUUGGCUUUGAAACAAAUCUUAACUCUAACUCAGACCGAAAACAUAAAAAAUACCUGCCGCUUAUUUCAGAUCAAGAAAGUAACUAUGAUAAGGUAAAAUUUGUUAAUGUAUCCAUAAGCUCGCUAGGCGUUUUUGGUCAAUCGACGAACACCUUAACGGAUAUGCUCAAGGAACUGAAGUUUGAUGAACAACAAAUUAAAUACAUUAAAAAGAAAAUCAUUGCUAUUUGUAUUCGCACAUCAUAUUAUGUAUUCUGUCAGCGAAACAAAGACUGGACUAGCCCAGAGCUUCUAAAAUUUUAA